AUGCCCUCCCCACUUGAACCAGCGACAAUCUCGCUUUUACUUCAGUAUAUCGUCCCGCCUUCUCAAUUAACAGAUCCCAUUCCCAGCCACCUUAUUUCAAAGAAUCUCCUAAAUAGACAUUUCUUUCUCAAUCUCAGGGACCCCUCUUCAGACCCCGCUUCUUAUCUCUCAUGGCCGUCCCCAGACCGGCAGAAGGUUUUCGAUAUAUUAGAGUCGUCCUCAACAUCACUAGAUUGUAUCCUUUCGAACCUCAAUAUUCACUAUACCGGCGACAUCGACUCUACUUUUGCGCACGCAGAGAUUCCAACUGUCGAUCAGGACCUUCCAAAUAUCCGAAUGGUUUUCGAGUGGGACGUAGAAGAUUCUUCUUGGAAGUACCAUAACUUAGCUCUCAUGCCAUUUCCGACACAGUCCUUCCAUUCCGUCUCUGCGAUCACGAACGUUGGGAUUGGGGCUUCCCGAACAAACCACUUUAAUGACCAGACGGAGGACGAAUCCUACUGGGAUUCGUAUGGGAAUGCGGGGGGAAGCCAGCGGAGUCCAGGCUUCUUGAGUAACGCGGAGUCUUCAGAAGAUGACUACUGGUCACAAUAUGCGACCGUUCACGGUACUGCCGAUUCAACUCGUCCAACGCCACCGCCAGAGCGAGAACAACACCCCGAGUCGUACCAGGAGGACGACCUCCACCAGCUGAAUGAUUUUUACAGUCGAGACGAUCCAGCAGAAGGCGAUAGCCGUGCAGAUCACAACCCAAUCAUUCAGAUCCCAUACGAGUCUUUCAAUAUAAAGCCGCCUCAUGGUCGGAACAGUCCUCCAUCUCCCGAAGAUCUUACAGAACGUCUUCGAGCUUUACAGUCGAAUUCCAGUGAUCAGCCUUCAUCGGCAAUCUCCGUCAACAUUAUACCUUCACAGGAACAUAGCGUCACUGACAAUCUCCAAAAGGGAACCGAACUUCCACAGGAGAUAAUCAACGGGCAUGAUGACGAACUUUCGCAAUCGGAUGAGACAGAAUCUGCCUGUGGCGUUAACGUUUCGCUGAAUGUUGCCUUGCGAGAGUCGAUACGAGGAACAUAUCGUUUGUGGAAGUUUUCCGCUAACCGGAACGACGAUGGACAAGACAAAGAACUGUUCUUAAAUGCGGUUAAAGCAGCCAUAAUAGACUGUUAA